AUGCAGACGCUGCGUGUACGUCAUCCACUCCUCUGUACAAGUACACAUAUGGCCGCUUUAAAGUGUUUAAUGGUGAGAUGUUUCUACCUCGGCGGGUGCGGCUUUCACCGCAGCGUCGAGGUGGUCGGGUGCAUGCGGGGCCUCCUGCGGUGUAGAGGGCUGGAGUUUUGUGAAGGGCUGCUCAUGGGCGUCGUUGACCGCAGCGUCGAAGUGGUCGGGUGCAUGCGGGGUCCCCCGCGCCUCGGGGGGCUGGAGUUUUGUCAGAGGCUGCUCAUGGGCGUCGUUGACCGCAGCGUCGAAGUGGUCGGGUGCAUGC